GAACUCUGUAGUUCAUUAAAAUAAAAUCUAGUGACUUUUCACCCGUUUUUUAUUUGUCAUUUACAUGCCAUUUAUGAUCUUCUUCCUCCUUGUAACAGUCUCAUGUACGAAUGAGGCGGCAGAUUUGAACGUAGGUACCACACUUUUCACUAAAGCCGACAAUUGCAAGGAAUGCUGGUCUUCGGAAAGUCUCGCCCUGUUAACUUCUCGUAUGAUUCUGGAGGACUUGCUCCCAAGCACGUCCAUUUUGGUGAUCGAUUCGAACGAAUUCGUGAGCGAUUUGGUGGAGUACUUUCGAAUGAUUCUUGAAACGGUACGACAAGAAACUCAUGGUAAAACUAAACACAUAACGUUGCUAGCUUUAACAGAUCUACUAGGGGGUUAUUUACAUCACGCGGUUCUCCCUAUAGCCAAAUACGCCUAUUACGCCGGACUGAUCGAUUACGACAGCAUGGCCACGUUAUUGGGGCUUUUCGACGAACUGAAGUGGUUCCUGAGGACGAACGGGCAAGGAUGGGCGAAACCUCUACCUCAAAAUAUGGAGAAUUUCGAAAUCCAACGAAUCCCUCUGCAACCCAUUUCCGAUAAGGACCAAUGUGCUAAUUUAAUUUUUGUGGAAGGUAAUGCACCCGACGAAAAAUCUAGUCGUUGUGACGCCACCAUCCCUUUACCCUUUUUCGAUUCCAUUACUCGCCCUAGCGCUAUUGCUCUCCCUACGAAAACUUGCCCUUUGUACAACGUCGAGUCCAACACUUCGAGUUACUUGGUGAUGAAGUUCUUCGUCACGUCUUACAAGUGUCUUCAGUGGAAAAACGUCAAGACUGAAAACAUGGAGAAGUUUCAGAAUGAGUUUUGUCACUGGAUCGAGGAACAGAUUCUUCCGCGUCUGCAGGAUGAGAAGUUCUAUUCGGCGUUUGGGGGUGUGUUAAGGGUGAGGAAUACUUUGAAAAGACUCGGUGUCACUCAAAACAACCUGGAGAAACAACUGGACGAAUUCCGGCACGCCGCAGAUCAAAGUCAAAACGAAAAUCUAGCCCCUACAAAUAGCCAAAUGAGCACAUCCUCCAUGAUUUUGACAGCCGUGUUGAUAACAAUCUUUGUUUGGUUCCUUCUAGGCACACUCUUCAUCUGUUACAAAAUGCGACAAACUAAACAAAAAGGUACUUGUCCUUGUCCCGAAGGAGGUGAUAAAACAACAACCUGUUCGUCUCUAAUCUCCAGUAAAUACUUCUAUCCAGAGAAACCGAAGCUUUGUGUGGAAAAUAAAGGAGGUGUUCGUCGUCAUGAGAUUAUUAUCAAGGCGUGUCGAUGUGACAAUGCCAACGACGAAGAAGAGGGUGACGAGACCACCCUGACGCCUGCCAGUGCGGGCAUGGCAGACUCUUCGCACACUGAUGGUCGUUUGCCGUCCAUCACGGAAAUGUCUGAACAGUCGACCUCGACGCCUAAACGAGCAAGAGGGAAAAGGUCGCCUGGGGGAAGCACGACCGCGGGUACGAAUGAUCCAAAUCGCACUAAGGUGAAGAAGCAGGUGUAUGAUAUGACGGAUUCGGAGAGUGAGGAGUCUACGGAGCCGCCGUGAGUGUGAGAUGUAGUGGGUUUAUAUUGUUUUUAAUAAAGAUGUUUUUACAA